UCUGAGAACGCCAAAAUUACAGCUGAAAGAUUUAAAGACAGACCAAUGUCUCCAGCCGAUUCUGUAAUAUAUUGGACUGAAUAUGUUAUUCGGCAUAAAGGUGCACCACCUCAUUUAAAAUCUCCUGCCCUCAACUUAACGUGGAAAAAUGGGUGUUAAAAGUUUUCAAAUUAUUUAUGAUAAAUCUACUGCUAUAUUUAUGCCUGGUCAGUCAGUUAGUGGAAAAGUAUUACUUGUUACUAAUAAAACAAUUAAAAUAAGAAGUAUAAAAAUGACAAUCAAAGGAAGAGCUUCUGUAUCAUGGCACGAAAAACAAAUACUCGCAAAAUCAACUAAAUAUUAUACUGCUAAAGAAGAAUACUUUAAAAAUCAAUUUACUUUAUUUGGUGAUAACGGAGAAGUAGACUUAGAGGAGAAUGAACAUGAUUUUCCAUUUAGCAUCUUACUACCUCAAAAGUUACCUUCAACCUAUAAUGGUAGAUAUGGUAAUAUACUGUAUAAAGCAAAAGUUACUAUUGAUAUACCUUGGGCGAUUGAUAAAGUAGCAAGGAGUACAUUUCAAGUAAUUUCGCCGUUGGAUUUAAAUGAAGAACAAAAUUUAGCUGAGCCAGUUAAAAUUGAAAAAGAAAAAAAUUAUUGCUGUUGUUGUUGUCGAUCAGGGCCAAUGAAUUUAAUUGUUUGUUUACCAUAUUCUGGUUUUGUGCCUGGACAAAAUAUUCCUUUUGACAUUGAGUUGAAUAAUGACAGUAAUGUUGCUAUAAAAUGUGUUAAAAUAAAAUUAGAAAAAGAUACAUAUUUUAAAGCAACACGGCCAAGUACAAAAACUAAUAAAAAAUCUAAAAAUUUAGCUAAAUUAAGCUUAAAUGGUAUUAGGGAACAUGAUACAAAAACAUUGUCGGAACAAAUAUUAAUACCUAGCUCUUUAGAAUUUUCAAAUUUAAAAAAUUGUCAGAUUAUUGAAGAAAAAUAUGUUUUAAAAGUUGAAACUUGUGUUGGUAUAUUGAACAGAAAUACAAAUUUACACGCAAAUAUAUCAAUAGGAAAUAUUCCAUUAGUUAUUGCUCAAGAUGCACUCCCAAUCAAAUGUCAAACUUAACUAGCAAAUCUCACUUCAAUAGUUGGGUUGUUUUAUUCUUAAACCAUUCUUGAAUAUAUAAAAUCAACUUUUUAUGAUUAAAUAUAGCUUCAAACACUUUCAGUUAAUCCACAUUAUCCAAUAUUCACCAAUUAAAUAUACUUCAUAAGUAAUCAAAUGAUUUUCUAUCCCUAAAUUCAUCAAUUUUUAAAUUUCUACAAUCCCAAUCGAAUAUUAUCUCUUGAAGUCAUAUUUAACUGUGUCAUAAUCAUUUGUGUUUCUACUUUUAAAAAACAUUAAAUAAUAAAGACUUCAUAAAAAAAAUUUGAAUAUUUAACAAAUACUAUUUUUUACUAUCCUGCACUGCAUUUUAUAAAAUAUUAUAUUGAUAACAGAAUAUUAGGCAAACUAUUAUAAAACACCUGUAUAUUUUUAAUACAUUAUUAUUAUAAUUUAUUCUUCUUCAGGUUUUUCAGUCUUCCGACUAGUUUUGCCUUCCUACAAUUUUCCUCCAUUCUUCCCAUUAUUUAUUAGGGAUUCAAUAAUCUUUUUUUAAAUUAGUGAUGUAUGAAAUUUAAGAAAAGCAUUGUAAGUGGCACUAAAAAUAUGUAAAUUUUACUAGUCAAAUUGAAUGUCUAAUUAGACUAAAAAUGGAAUGAUACUAUUUUUACUCCAUAUCCUAAAGGGAAUGACUACUAUUUUGAAAUUGACUUUUUUUAAAGUUUUUCUUUGCACGAAAGGCAUAAAUAUAUCCUUGCUUGAUGAAUUACCUGCACCAGUUUUUUCUGUAACUAUAAAUCAUUCUCAAACUUUAUGUAAAAGAAUUUAUAAUGAUGAACAUAUAAAAAAAUUUUUGUUAUUAAACCAAAAAAAAUUGAUGCUGAUCUUGUAGAGUUAAUGAGCUCAGUAUUUGUUUUUUACUUAGGUGCUGUACUUGAUAUGACAAUAACUCAUGUAGUUGCAUCACCUUUUCUUAGUAAUUUCAUAGGUUAAUUUUUUUGUUACAUUCUAAUCCAUAAGUAAUCCCUCAUUUGUUAGACGAUUUAGGGAAAAAUUUAAAGUUAUAAUCUUGAAGUUGUUGGAAUAGAAUAUUAUGAAAUAUAAUUAUUAUAUUUCACAUUGUGAAAAACAUUUUUUUUUGCUUCAUUAUAUAUUAAUAAUAUUAAAAUAAUUAUAACUCUACUAUUUAAUAUUUUAUUUCAGAUAUAUAUAUAUAUUUUUUAAUUAUUUUAACAUUUAUAUACAACAAUUACGAAUUACAUAAUUAAAAAAAUUAAGAUUAUAAUUUCAAAAUAUCAAAAGAAUGUAAUAUUUAUACGUAUUCUAUAGUAUCUCAAUUAUAUUGUUGAUAAGCAAAUAAAAAAAUUGUACACCUUAAAUUAUAUAUUGAUAUUUGUGCAUUUACAUAACAUUUUUUUAUAUAUUAAUAAAUGUUACAAAAAUAUUACCACCUUAAAAAUUUUUUUAACAUAUAUUCUUAACUAUUAAUAUAAAUUUGUAAUUUUUUUUUUUAUGAAAUUGUAUUUUAAACUAUAUGUUGUAAAGACACAACACUAUAAAAGUUUUUUACGUUUUACAUUAAUCCUAAUCUUAUGUGUAAAAAAACUAUGUUAAUGUUAUAUAUAAAAUGCCAAAAUGAUUUAUAUACUCUUUCAUCUGUUAUAAUCUCUGUAUUUUAUGCUUAUUUACCAUUAAACAGUUAUGCUGUAAGAAUUAGACAAUGAUGAUUUUUCAGGGGUAAAAAGUAUUAUAAAAAUGCAGAGCAAACCCUUAUUCUCGCCUGUUCUUUUCGUGUUCAACAUAUUGUUACACGGAUAUUAUGAUCAUCAUUGUCAAAGUUUUUACGUGCUUGAUUUGUGAAUUAAAA